AUGACUUUCAUCAUCAAAAACGGUACUAUAAUUACUACUGAUUCAAGCUUUAAGUCUGAUAUAUAUGUAAAAGAUGGUGUUAUAGCUGCAAUUGGUAGUGAAUUGACUCCACAAGAAGAAGUAGAAAUUAUUGAUGCAUCUGGUUUAUUAAUUUUACCAGGUGCAGUUGAUGGACACACUCAUCUUGCAAUGCCUUUUGGUGGAACAAUAUCUGCUGAUGACUAUGAAUAUGGAACUAUGGCUGCUGCAUGUGGUGGAACAACAACAGUAUUUGACUUUGCCCUUCAAGAAAGUGGAGAGAAUUUAAUAGAAACUUUAAAAAGAAGAGAUAGUCUUGCAUCCCAUCAAUCAUGUAUUGAUUAUUCAUUUCAUAUUGCAAUUAAAGAUGUUAGCACAAAUGAACUUUUAGAUUCUAUUGAUUCAGUAAUAUCUGAAGGAGUCUCUAGUUUUAAAGUAUUUAUGGUUUAUGACUUCUUUGUAACUGAUGGUCUUUUUUAUAAAAUACUUAAAAAGACAAAAGCGUCAGGAGGAUUAUUAGGAGUUCAUGCAGAGAAUAAAGGAGUAAUUGAUACAUUAACUGAAGACUUUAAAACAGAAGGAAAAUUAUCAGCAUGGUAUCAUUAUGAAUCUCGUCCUGAAUUUGUAGAGGAAGAAGCUGUUCAAAGAGCAAUUACAUUAGCAAAAUCAGUUGGUGCACCACUCUAUAUUGUACAUUUAUCAUCAAAAGGUGCUAUUAAUAUUAUAGAGAAAUCAAGAAAAGAAGGAUAUCCUAUAUUUGCAGAAACUUGCAUUCAAUAUCUUGAAUUAACAAAUGAUGUCUUUAAAAAAGAAGAUGCUAUAAAAUAUGUUUGUUCCCCACCAAUGAAAACAGAAGAAAGUAGACAAGCACUUUGGAAUGCAUUAAAAUCAGGAGUUAUUCAAACAGUUGCAACAGAUCAUUGUCCAUUUCAAUUAUCAGAAAAGGAAUGGGGAAAAGAUGAUUUUACAAAGAUUCCAAAUGGAUGUAGUGGUAUAGAAAAUAUGUUUCCCUAUAUGCUUUCUGAAGCAAAUAAAGGAACUUUAACUUUUAAUAAAGUGGUUGAAGUAUGUUGUUCAAAUCCAGCUAAAUUAUUUGGUAUUUAUCCAGAAAAAGGGUGUUUAGGAAUAGGUUCUGAUGCUGAUAUUGUUCUUUAUGAUCCAAAUAAGAAAUUUACAAUUAGUGUUGAUAAUAUGCAUUCUAAUGUAGAUCAUACUAUUUGGGAAGGAUUUGAAAUGCAAGGUUAUCCUGUUGCAACAUAUUGUAGGGGUAAAUUAGUAUUUAAAGAUGGAGUAUUUGUUGGAGAAAAGGGAUAUGGAAAAAGAGUAAAAUGUAAACCAUUACAUUUUUCAACCGCACAAUUAUAA